CUUAAGCAUCAGCACUCGUGAGUCCUGACCACGUCGGCAACACAGCCGCCGCAGGUUGUCCAGCCGGAUCGACGGACGCUGUCGUAUCAUACGGAGCUGUUGCCGCCCUGGUGCUUGUACGGGCAUAGCGUGCCGAGCCGGCAGAUAGGCCGUGAUGAGUGGUGAGCUGAUGACCUCGCGUCGUGUGCAGGCCGGCUCGACCCAACUCCCUCCGCGUCCAUAGCGACCCACCCAAACCGUCCCGCCGCACGCACCCCGUAUUAUCAUACCGCCUCCUGUUCCCGCCGCAGCCCCCGCGACCGACAGGUUCACCCCGAGAGCGAUGCGGCGAGACGCGGCCGUCGCCCCCGCGGCGGUCGUGACCUCGCCGCAGAUCGCGGCCGGCGGGACAGAAAUGGGGAAUGCCGAGGCGGUGGCCAUCGAAGUCGACUCGGCGCCAGCGCCAGCGUCGGCGGCCAUCGACAUCGACCUCGAAGCGGGGGGCGCGUCCCACGGCGUGGCGUGCCGGAUCUGCCACCUCAGCCCCGAGGGCGGCGACGGGCCUGGGUCGGAGGUGAUCCGGCUCGCCUGCUGCUGCAAGGAGGAGCUCGGCCACGCGCACCGACAAUGCGCCGAGGCGUGGUUCCGGAUCAAGGGCGAUAGGCGCUGUGAAAUUUGUGGUUCAGAGGCCAAAAACAUUACUGGCCUGGAAGUGAAAAAAUUCAUGGAGGAAUGGCAUGGGCGAAGAAUGGCAACUACCGGGGCUAUGGUAGAGAGGGAAAGCACUUGCUAGCUUCUUGCUUCUUGCUAGCUUGCUUACUGAUUGCUUUCAUGCUUCCCUGGUUUUUCCGUGUAAAUAUAUUGUGAGUUAUGCUGCUGGAACUGGGUCAUGUGGAAUCACACGAAUUGUACAGAAUUUAUAGGCAGAAUCACAACACAGUUCCUCAAGUUUUUUUUUCUCAAAAUUGUCCAUCUGGGUAUUUGUCCUCUUACACUCAUUACUUAAAAUCCAAAUACCCCUGUUUGGUAAUAAAUGUUGAUUUGAGAUUCUAAAAUAUACAUCUGAAUCAAAGAGGCCUAAGUGGCUGAUUUUCUAACCUUGUAUGUUUCGGUCAUGAUCAACUGACCAAUAACGCAUCUUUCUUGACGAUGGUAUGCUCCUUACGACUUUUCUUCCUUAUUUUAUAACCACUGCUGACAUGGGCAGCAAGAUUAUUCCACACGCGAAAGUGAGGUAUUUGUAGUAGACGUUAUCCAAAUGUCAUACCUUCUUGCUUGCCAAAGAUUUGGACUCCGGUAAAUAUUUUUAUGAGACGAUGUGCAACAUUCUGGUAAGCCUUUCAUUAGCUUGUUGACUCUGUUUAACAUCAUCGCAGCUUCCAACUUUUUGUUGUAAACCAGGAAAACUUACGGGUUCUAUAAAGUUUAAGAGUCUGGGAGGUGUGCCUAGUGAAAAGUUCAGAAGUCUUGUUCUCCUCCUGGCAUUUGAUGUGUAAAACCAUUUUUGAAGUCCUUGCAUCAGAAAAUAUGUUUACAAAGUCAUACUUAUUCCCACACCUCCUAGGUACUACUCUGGACGUAAGUAUAUUACUCCCCCCGUUUUUAAAUAUAAGCCCUUUUAGAGAUUUCGACACGGACUAUAUGCGGAUGUAUAUAGACAUAUUUUAAAGUGUAGAUUCACUCAUUUUGCUUCGUAUGUAGUCCGUACUGGAAUCUCUUAAAGGACUUACAUUUAGUAACGGAGGGAGUACCUUUUAAGAGUGAAAUAAAAUAGAUCUCCAGUUCCAAAGGAGACGAAGUGAACUUAUAAGAUCUUUCCAACAAGACAUGGAUGCUUCGAAAUGCUUGAGUCUGCAACAACAGAGGCAUGCACCGCUUGAUCCCCGCCCUUGUAGAUCACAUCUUAGAUGAGUUGAAGGCAUGAAAGGAGGCAGGUGCGGUGUACAUAGCUUUUCCUGAGUAGUUAGUUUAAAUUAAAUCAUCCUUUGGUGUGGUGUAGUCAGUGUGAUUGCAUGGCAUUGUCGAGGACUCACUUGUAAAUCUAUUUGUUGUCUUCUAUAUUAAAUAUGAUACUACAUCAUUGGCGUACUCUGAAAAAAAAAAUAGAUCUUCCCCACGAGACGAACUAAACUUAUACUAGUUAAACACACUUCCCCUGACCCCCGUGUCGCCCGAGCCGGGCGACUCGGGGGAAACCUAGCCGCCGGCGACCCGGCACUCACUCUCCGCCCGUCCCCGCGUCACCGCCGCCGGAGGGCCGGUCGACGAAGCCGCGCCGGGCCCUAGGAUGGUGGCGGCGGGGCCGUUCUUCCAUCUCCCGCCCUCCGCCCCCCUCCU